AUUUAUUAUUAUGUAGUCAUAUUAAUACUUAUUAAAAUCUUUUACUUAUUUAAUACGCCAAUUUAAAAAUUGUAGGUACCUACUACCUAUAAAAAUAUAACUAGCUACCAAAUUGAGUUUAAAAAUUGUUUGAUACAUUAAAAUUGUGAUAAAUGAAAAUCUUCUUGACGUUGAGUCGUAUUCAUAGUUAAUAAACUAAAAUGAAUUCAUUAGUAGCCGAUUAUGGAGAUGAAACAGACACAGAUUCAUUGGAUAGUGAUCAACAUCUAGAUGAAAACACUAAGGACUUGAAGACAGUUGAUGAAUUUAAAUCUGAAAAUAAACUUCCUGCACCAAAAUUUAAAGAAACUGGUAUUAUCAGUGAAUCUGUCUUCAGAAAUCCUUAUUUGGAAGCAGAACGAGCCAAAAGUGCCGUAUUAGAAAAACAUGUUAAAAUGGUCCCUGCUAAAGACCAUCUUACAAAAGUCAAUGGAAAGAAUAUAUGUUGGAUGAACAAAAAAGGUCGUUGUCGUUUUGGUAAUAAAUGUAAAUUUGCUCACGAUUCAGAAUUAUUCAAUGGUCCAAAUAUAAUAGAUGAAGACAAAUCAAACAAGGAGAGUUUUAAAUUGAAUAAUAAAAAGAAAAGACCUGGAUUAUCACAAACUUUAAUACCUGGGAAAAAAAUACUUAAAAUAUUUAAAAAAACAGAAAUGUCUAAUAUACAUUCAUAAAAUAUUACUUUUAUAUUGUAUACGGUUUUCUUAAUCUUAAUAUAUAAUCAUUGAUAUCAAUGAUAGUUGAUAUGGUAUUGAAAUUAUGUAUA